AUGGCCCGGUUCGGCUUGCCCGCGCUUCUCUGCGCCCUGGCCGUGCUCUGCACCGCGCUGCUGGCUGCCGAGCCCAAGUCGAAAAGUUGCUCGGAAGUGCGACGGCUUUACGUGUCCAAAGGCUUCAACAAGAACGAUGCCCCCACGCACGAGAUCAACGGUGAUCAUUUGAAGAUCUGUCCCCAGGGCUAUACCUGCUGCUCUCAGGAGAUGGAGGAGAAAUACAGCCUGCAAAGUAAAGAUGAUUUCAAAAGUGUGGUGAGCGAACAGUGCGAUCAGUUGCAAGCCGUCUUUGCUUCCCGUUACAAGAAGUUUGAUGAAUUCUUCAAAGAACUACUGGAAAAUGCAGAGAAAUCCCUGAAUGACAUGUUCGUGAAGACCUAUGGCCGCUUAUACAUGCAAAAUUCUGAGCUAUUUAAAGAUCUCUUCGGAGAGCUGAAGCGCUACUACGUGGCGGGAAGCGUGAACCUGGAAGAAAUGCUAAGUGACUUCUGGGCUCGCCUUCUGGAGCGGAUGUUCCGCCUGGUGAACUCCCAGUACCACUUCACAGACGAGUAUCUGGAGUGCGUGAGCAAGUACACGGAACAGCUGAAGCCCUUCGGAGACGUCCCUCGGAAACUGAAGCUGCAGGUUACGCGUGCAUUCGUCGCCGCCCGUACUUUUGCUCAAGGCUUAGCAGUCGCGAGAGACGUAGUGAGCAAAGUCUCCGUGGUCAGUCCCACAGCCCAGUGUACCCAGGCCUUGCUCAAGAUGACCUACUGCUCCCACUGCCAGGGGCUUGUGAGUGUGAAGCCGUGUUACAACUACUGCUCCAACAUCAUGAGAGGCUGCCUGGCCAACCAAGGCGAUCUUGAUUUUGAAUGGAACAAUUUCAUAGACGCGAUGCUGAUGGUGGCAGAGAGGCUCGAGGGUCCUUUCAACAUCGAAUCGGUCAUGGAUCCCAUCGACGUGAAGAUUUCCGACGCUAUAAUGAAUAUGCAGGAGAACAGUGUGCAAGUGUCUCAGAAGGUUUUCCAGGGAUGUGGGCCCCCCAAACCCCUCCCAGCCGGCCGGACCUCCCGUUCCAUCUCCGAGGGGGCUUUCAGCGCUCGCUUCAGACCGUAUCACCCCGAGGAACGCCCGACCACGGCGGCUGGCACGAGUUUGGACCGACUGGUUACUGAUGUCAAGGAGAAGCUGAAACAGGCCAAGAAGUUCUGGUCCUCUCUGCCCAGCAAUGUUUGCAGCGAUGAAAGGAUGGCCGCCGGGAACGGCAAUGAGGACGAUUGCUGGAACGGGAAAGGCAAGAGCAGAUACCUGUUCGCGGUGACGGGAAAUGGCUUGGCCAACCAGGGCAGUAAUCCGGAGGUCCAGGUGGACACCAGCAAACCAGACAUACUGAUCCUUCGCCAGAUCAUGGCUCUUCGGGUUAUGACCAGUAAAAUGAAGAAUGCUUACAAUGGGAAUGAUGUGGACUUCUUUGAUAUCAGUGAUGAGAGCAGUGGAGAGGGAAGUGGAAGUGGUUGUGAGUAUCAGCAGUGCCCUUCGGAGUUUGAGUACAACGCAACCGACCACUCCGGGAAGAGCGCCAACGAUAAGGCCAGCAGUGCUGGUGGCCUUGCCAGGGCACAGCCCUACCUUCUCGCUGUCUCCUGCAUCUUGCUCCUGGUCAUGCAGAGAGAGUGGAGAUAAUUCUGAAUCGUAGAGAAAAAGUUCUCUUCAAAAAGUUAAAAAGGCACCGGUUAUCACUUUUAUACCAUCCUAGUGACUUUGCUUUUUAAAUGAAUGGACAACGAUGUACAGUUUUUACUAUGUGGCCACUGGUUUAAAAAAUGCUGACUUUGUGUUUUCAUUCAGUUUUGUGGGGAAAAGGGACUUGUAUGUAUAAAGGCAGUUCCUGCUCCCCCAGAAUCAUGUUAAACGUGGCUAACAGUGUAGGUACAGAACUGUAGUGAGUUGUGCAUUUGUGAUUUUAUCACUCUUGUUUGUUUGUUUUUUUUUUUUCUUUUUGUUUGUGGGGUUUUUUUUUUUCUCCUUCGAUUAUGAUCUCACCUUGUUUCUUACAAGAAAACCAGGGUCCUUUCUUGGCAUGUAACAUGUACGUAUUUCUGAAAUAUUAAAUAGCUGU